AUGCAUCCCGACAAAGCUCCAGGGCCGGAUGGCAUGGGACCUGGUUUUUAUCAGCAACAUUGGGAUAUCGUGGGAUCUCAUAUUGUCAAAUUAGUUACUGAUUUUUUUGACACAGGUGUUUUUCCACAGGAGCUUAAUAAUACCAACCUUGUCCUAAUUCCCAAAAAGAAAAAUUUCUCCUCAAUGGGUGACUUGCGGCUUAUUGCCUUAUGUAAUGUCUUGUAUAAGAUUGGUUCAAAGUUUCUUGCCAACCGUAUGCACAACAUGAUUGUUCUUGUUAUAUCUGAAACCCAAAGUGCGUUCAUCCUAGGCUGCUUAAUUUCAGACAACAUUAUGGUGGCCUUUGACGUAAUGCACUACUUGAAGCGGAAAAGGAGAGAAAGGUGGGUAAAUCUUAUCAUGGCUUGUGUUACUUCGGUGAGAUAUACCAUCAUGCAUAACAAUCAUGUUAUGGGUCCUAUCAUCCCUACCCGUGGGAUCCGACAAGGGUGCCGUGUGGCAAAUGGGGCUCCAUCUAUAUCGCACAUGUUGUUUGCCGAUGAUAGUUACUUAUUCUGUCAAGCCUCUUCAGGAGCAGCUUUAAAUAUAUGCACCUUGCUUCACUUUUUUGAGAUGGCGUCUGGCCAAAAAGUGAAUGUGACCAAGUCCUCCAUUUUUUUCAGCCCCAACACUGAUUCUUUGCUAAAGAAUGAAAUCUUUUCAACUCUUGGAAUGCCUAAAGCUGAUGAGCAUAGCCUUUACCUGGGACUUCCAAACAUCAUUGUUAUUCAAUCUCUUCCCACGUAUGCUAUGAGUGUCUUUCUCAUUCCUCAUAAAAUUUACACUGAAAUUGAGACACUAAUGGCAAACUUCUGGUGGAAGACCACUUCUAGCAAAGGAAAUGGGAUUAUAUGGAUGGAUCAUGAGAUUGUCCAUGACAUGUUCAACUCCCGCGAUGCAUCUCUGAUUCUUGGGUUACCCUUAUGUUUUUCAGCUGGUGAAGAUUGUUGGCCUUGGAUAGGAGAGAGCACCGUCCAUUUCUCUGUCAAAAGCGCAUACAACCUGCUACAGCAAUCACUUGUCACUAAGCAUGUAAACAUUUCCUCGGUUUGCGCUGUUUGCAAGAGUGAACCCGAAUCAAUCCCUCAUGCUCUCAUCAGCUGCGUUUUUGCUCAAUCAUGCUGGCAAUAUGCACAUCCGUCCCUCAACAAUGCCGAUAACACCACGGUUGGUACUUGGCUCUACAAUAAUUUUCUUGUUACUAAUAUUGAUACCAGCUGCCGAAUUAGCAUGCUUUGUUGGGCAAUUUGGAAAGCAAGAAACAACCUCGUUUGGGAUAAGAAGCCUUCUACACCACAACAAGUUGCUUCAUUAGCACUAGUUUGA